UGACAAUGACAAUUUCAUGAUUCGGGAUUUUAAGAUUCCAAAUUCCAACAGAGCAAACUAUUCCAAAUUCCAAGCCCCAAGGAUUUUGUUUAUUAGAUUUUUUAUGGUCACCGUUAUCGAAUUUUAUUAUUGUUCAAAUAAAUAUAAACGUUGAUUUUCGAUAGUGUUAGUUUAGAACACAGACCUCUCUGUCUGUGAAUGUGUUCCCCCAUUAAGGUUUUAAAGUAAACACCAUAGCUGUUCAUAAAGCGUUCAAAGUCCUGGAAUAAGCAGUGCAAUGUUGUUAUGACAAAAAUAUUGUUCGUGUAGUUUCUGGAUGUGAAGAUGUCUCAGACUUUCAGCAAAUUUAUACCCGUUACUGCUCCCAUUUCCACUUCUUGUGUGGACUAUGUGCAUCCAUGGACGGACAGUUGUCUUCAAGCCACUUGUGGCCUAUACCUCUAUUGCAUGUUUGAUUCUUUCAGGGUAUAUGGGACAGUUUAUGUGUUAACCCUGUUGAUGAAAGGAAAAAUUCCAUCUAAAGAAGACAUAAAGAAGACAAUCCUAGGUAUCAUACAAUCUACUGCUUUUUUGAGUGGCACAGGUUUUGGAUAUUCUCUAUUUCUUUGCUUGUUAAGGAAGUUGUUGGGCCAUUUCAACAUCCUUACCGUAUCUGCCGUCCCCGUCUUCUUGUCCAGCGUUUUUUCCAUCCUGAUCGAGAGACCCAGUCGUCGCACGUUGCUCUGUUUAUAUGUCAGCAAUGUGGCGACCGAAACGUUGUGGAACAUGGCGAGAUCGAGGAAUCUCGUGCGAAACGUCAAAUACGGGGACGUGGCUCUCUUCAGCGUCAGCAUGGCGGUGCUCUCCUAUUUUUACAAGGGGGGUUUCCACAAAUGCGGAGACGGAGAUGGUCGCAGGGAGGAUUCCAUGUUCAGGGUUUUGAGGUUCGUCGUGGGACCUUACGAGGAGAAAGGUCACAUGACCAGGUCGAGUCAAGCCGGCAAUUUCUACCGGCAACCGACCAGGAACAAUCCGAACGGUUCCGGUCGAUGGCGGACCUCGAAACCGAAGAAUACGGUUUUGUACGUCAUCCAUCUGAUGUUGAGGAUGUACAAAAAAAUUGUUUACAGAAUCAAGUGCUGUGAUAGACACAACUCGUGUCCCCAUCCCUUCAGCUGCUUGUAUUAUACCAUACAAGGUGCAGGUAAAAUGUUUAGCGUUGGCCUGGCCAUACAAAUAUCGCUGAAACUGGUGCUUAAUAUGAAAAGGGCGUUCAAUUCGCCUAGCUCUUUCAGAACUUUGAUUUUCAGGAAAGAAACGCUAAAUCUAGCCGCAUUCCUAGGCGCCUACUCUGGCCUCUUCAGGGCUACUCUGUGUAUUUUGAGGAGGAUAACUGGCAAAGAUAGUCCCGUUCAUGCAUUGCCAGCGGGACUUUUAGCGGGAAUAGCUUUUCAAAGGUAUCCUGAUAGUACCGUUUCAUUGUAUGUACUAUGGAAAAUGGCACAGAUAUCUUACAAUUUAGGAAUUGAAAAAGGUUAUGUUCCCAAAGUACCUGGAUUCACCGAAUUCUUGUACUGUCUCAGUACGGCAAUACUUUUUCAUGCAGCUAUAAUAGAACCGGAUAAUUUGAGACCUAGCUAUUUCAAAUUUCUGCAUUCUAAUUCAGGGGGAAGAAUCGCCUGCAUGCCGCGUGUUUCUUUUGAUGUCUGGGGUUUCAAUUCGUCACAAUCUUUGGAGAGGACAUUAAUGAAAACGAAAACCAAAAAAUACGUUUUUUGGCCUUGAAACGUAUAAUUAUGUACAGUCUUUUUUACGUAUUUUCUAUUCUUCCUUGUUGAUUUUUUAUAGCUUACAAUUUAGGUAUAGACAAAGGGUUUUUACCAAGGGUACCAGGAUUUACAGAGUUCUUAUACUGCUUCAGUACUGCCGUUUUAUUCCAUGUAGCUAUUUUAGAACCCACUAACUUGAGGCCGAGUUACUGGAAAUUUUUGCAUUCCAAUUCAGGAGGAAGGAUUGCAUGUAUGAGUAGGGGUCCACUAGAUGUAUGGGGAUUGAACACUUCUGAAUCAUUGAAAACCGUUUUAGCACAAACCAAAACUUCACUGGUUGUUAAGUUAUUUUGACUUUUGAUUUUGCGUAUAUUUUUUGUCAUUGAUAUUCUUUCAUUAACAAUCGCGAUUUUUUCAAUUUCAUUAAGAAUCAAUAAAGGUAUAGGUUCGAAAAACUGUGAAAUAACAUGAAAAUUGUUCUGGUUGAUCAAUAAUUUUCCAUGGGUACUACAACAAAUUAUAUUUAUUAUGUUAAGUUUUUUUAUGAAGAAUUCAGUUGAAAUUAUUUUUAUGUAUAUUCUAUAAAAAAAAAUGUUUUAUUAGAUUGGAAAGCUAUAUAAUCAUUAUAUUUUUGUAUCUGCUGCAAUAUAAGAUAACAUGUUGAAGAGAAUAUCAAUAAUUUUUUUUUACCUGCACUGGAUAAACCUUUCGUUUU